AUGCAUGGGGUUGACGUGCAGGACUUUGGUUGGUCUUAUACGGAGGAACCACAUGCAAGCAGACGAAAUGAGAUAAUCCAAAAGUAUCCGGAAAUCAAGAAAUAUUUUGGUAUUGAUCCAUCAUUCAAAUAUGUCGUAUUGGCAAUGGUUUUAGCACAAUUUAGCAUUGCUUGGCUUUUGCGAGAUUCAGACUGGUUAUUGAUUUGUUUGCAAGCAUAUUGUACUGGUGGUACUAUUGGACAUUCACUUACAUUGGCUGUUCAUGAAAUAUCACAUAAUAUGGCAUUUGGUUGUGCUCAUCCUCUUGCAAACCGCUUGUUUGGAUUUAUUGCUAAUCUACCGAUGAUGGUGCCUAUGUCGGUUUCUUUUAAGAAGUAUCAUUUGGAGCACCAUCGUUACAUGGGUGAACAAGUGUUAGAUACUGACAUACCGACAAAUUUCGAAGCACGAUACUUCCGUCGUACUUUGGGGAAAUUGUUAUGGGUCUUUCUCCAACCAUUCUUUUAUGCUUCCAGACCAUUUCUUAUUUAUCCCAAAGCUGUCACAGAUUUAGAAAUCUUAAAUGCGCUACUUCAAAUUUUUACUGAUUAUGUCGUAAUCAGUUUUUUCGGUUGGAAAGCCUUUGCAUAUCUGUUAGGCGGGUUUUUUGUUGGAUCAGGUAUUCAUCCACUUGCUAGUCAUUAUAUUUCUGAUCAUUAUGUCUUUAAUCCUGGUCAAGAAACGUACAGUUAUUAUGGACCGAUAAAUUUAGUAACAUUCAACGUUGGUUAUCACAUUGAACAUCAUGAUUUUCCAUAUGUAUGUGGCAGUAACCUUCCUAAGAUUAGUGCUCUAGCUCCUGAAUACUACAAAGAUUAUAUGGUGCAUUCAAGUUGGAUUUACAUGAUGUACGAUUUCAUCACAAAUCCAAAAAUGUCCUUGCAUUCCCGAACCAAGAGAAAGAUGGCAAAACCAACAGAUGUGCACUUUUUCGACACUGGGCCAAAUACUUCCUGUUUCAUUUAUAAGUUCUUCUCAUCUUUACUUCGAGGAAGAUUGUUUGUCGUCAAGAAUAAAAAGAGCUGA